UCGUGAAGCCGCCCGGAAUGGUCGUUCACAUUCAUUUAUAGGCAUUCUUAAGUUAUUUUCAUUCGUCGAUCGAAAACCGAUAUACAAAUAAAUCAAUUUCUUUUAUUUUUGUUUAGUUGUUUUUGUUUUAUGAUUUCGCUGACAUUUUCGUUUUGUUAAUUUAAAUUUUGAAAAUUCGUGUCUCACUGUGUGCUAGCCAAUUCAUUAUUGUUGUUCAGUCAGUUCAGUGUUUUUUUAUGCAAAAUCUUAAUUUUUCUCUUUCUCUUGCACAAUUUCAUUCAAAUAAAAGUGAUUCGAAGGUGUUGUUGCUGCAACUUGUGUGUAAUUCAUAUCUUUUGUUGUUCUCUAUUCGAAACUGUGAUAUCUGCAAAUACUAGAUGAAAAUAAAGCACAUUCCAAUUUUUAUCUUGAAGUGAAAUAUAUAAACAACGAAUUCAACCGGCCCACAUUUCAUUUGCACUCGCUGUAUAUGUGAGAAAAAUAAACUCAAACAAAAAAGUAGUCAAAAUUGUUUCAAAUAAUCAAUGAAAAAAAAUCGAACGUACUCGGACUAAAACAGGAAUAUAUCUGCCAUAUUGCACAAAAACAAGGAAACGUCUAUUAUUUAUAUAGUUUUUUUUAUAGUGAACUGUUGUCUUCCAAACUUCUCACAAACAAUUUAACAAAAAAAAAAACGUGAAUUUUGUCCAAAUAAACGAAAUUUUGAAAACGAAAGAAAAAAAUCGAUUGAUUGAGUGUACAAGUGCGUGUUAAAAAGUUUGAAGAGUGAAAAACAAAAAUGGUAGCGUCAAAGAAAGAUAAAAGUAAAUCGGCUGCCAGUAGUACGACGUCGACGGUUGUAACUCGUCCGCCUGCUCGGACACCACAUCAGGCAACAACAACGAAAACAUCGUCGUCGUCUUCGUCAUCAACAUCAAAAAAUGUGAAAACAACAUCGUCAUCGAGCACAACAAAAUCGACCAGUGAAAAGUCGACGGUUAGUCAAUUGGGCGGACAAGAUUCGAGCGUUAUUAUAUCCGAGGUACAUUCGAAUAUCGGUAUUGAUGAUGGCACAUUGCGUGGUAUGCAGACACAAUAUGUGGUCACGCAACCGGAAAAUGUGCAACAGCCGCACAAACCAAAAGAACAUUAUAUAUUCGGUGGCACAAAAAUUGUUGAAGUCGGCACUACAAUGGGCGGUGGCGGUGAACAGAUUGCCCGUGAGAAAAAUCAAAGCACAUGGAAUGGAAAAUUUGUAUAUGAAAGUGCCACACCACAGCGUACCGUAUUUAAAUCAUGGACAAAACAAUCAACAUCUACUGAUCCGAGUUCAUCGACGGUUACAACAACCACCACAAAAGAGGAGGUUGUUAAAACUGGUGGAGGUGAAACGGCAUUGAAAACGGAUUCAUCGAAAUUGGUGCACAGCGACACAAUGAAACGGAAGGCGGACACAAAGCUAACCGCGGAUUCAAAAACUGGCAUUGAUGCCACUGACAAUGCAAACGCCACGGAUUUAUUGCUUGAAUCAGAGCGAUGCAUUGCUAAGAAAGCGUAUGUAUGUACAAAAGAUGAAGAGAAAUCGUCCACAUCAAAUAUUGAAAGUCAAAUUCUAUCGAACACUUCACUGUUUGACAGUUCCACAUCAAAUACUAAGAACAAAACGACCACGGACACCACAAAAACAAACGAACGGUAUCCGAUAACAACAGUGCCAUCAUCACCAUCACGAAACGUUCAAGAUUCAAAUGUAACAUCGAGCUCAUUGGUGCAGGAAAACGAUGCAUCCAAUCGUUAUUCGACCGAACAAUAUUCGCAAAGUUUUUCAACAUCGUCGCGCACCGAACGGGACAGUUCAUCGAAUCAAGUGAUUGAAAUUGUAGAUGGGAAAGAGCGUGUUGUGUCGGAUACAUACAAUGAAAAAGGUUCAAUGCAAUUGAAAAGCUCACAAGAGAAUUAUAAAGCAAAAUCUGGUACCGGUGUCACAACGGAAGUGGAAUACGAUCAAAAAAAUGCCGAAGAGAAUAUUAAAUUUGCAAGUGAUAAACGUGACAAAGAGCCAAUAUUCGAUCGUGAUUAUCAUGAUUCACAUCGUAAUAUCAAACAAAGCGGUGACAAUGCACCGAUUGAAUAUUUAAAAGGUAGCUAUGAAACAACACGGUUCGAUGAUAAAACAAAGAAAUAUGUCACCGAUGUACGUCAUCAUGAGAACAAUCGACAAUUGGACCAUUCGCAAAAUGUGACCGAUUCGAUUCAAUCGAAAUAUGACGUUGAAACGUCACACCUAAAUGUUGACAAUUUGCACGGAAAAAAUAAACAAUUAAAGCAUAAAACUGAUGUUAAAUCGAUGCUAUAUGACACAAAUGAUCAUUUGAAUACAACAACAAACCGCACUGACAACAUUUCAUCAUCAUCAACAACAAAUGAUUUCAUUCGUACGGCAACGAGUGAUUCAAUCGAUUCAAAAUCCACGACCUACACUUCAAAAGUGUUUGACAAUAAAACAAACACAUGGAAAGUCGUAGACGAAUCCAAUAUCAAUGAAAUGAAUAAGCGUUCAACCACGCAUAAACCAACAACAAGCGAUGACCAUGAUCACCAUCGUCGAUCACCGACCAAGUACACUGAUUCAACGUACACAAGUGAAACGAACAAAUUUAACAUCGAUAAAAAUGCAACCACCACCAAUACAUCGAAAGACACAAAAAUUAUCGAUCGCAAAAGUGUUAAUGACAAACAUAAAACGGUUGAUAAAAUUUCACGUACCACCGACACCAAAUCUAUGACAAAAACAAUCGACGAAAAGGUGUCAUCGCAUUUGUAUGACGAGAAAACGAAAACAUGGCGUGAAGUUGAUGAGAAAACAAUUAAAUCAAAACGUCCAUCGCUGAUACGAUAUGUAAGCAAAGAUAAUGAUGGUAAAUUUACCACAAUUUAUAAACGAAAAUUGUUCGAUAAGCGAUCGGGUACUUGGAAGGUGGUCGAUGAGAAAAUCUAUCGAAAUAACAAUUUCAACGAGCACAUUCCAGAAGUGAUUGAAGAUGUUACAAAUGUCACAACCACAACGUACACAACCAAAGUGUACGAUACCAAAACAAAUACGUGGCGCGUUGUUGACGAACAAACUUUUACCGAUCGCAAUACAACCGUACCGAAAGAUAUUGCCGAUGAAAUUGCUCGUGAUCAACCGGACAUCGCUAAUAUUACAACAACAACUGAACUAACCAAGAUAUUUGACGCUAGCACAAAUACAUGGAAAAUAGUUAAUGAACGCUCUCAUACGGAUUUCGUGGAGAAAAUUGUUGAAACACCACGCGAAACUAUCAUCAUCGAUGACAUCACCGACAUCACGAAAAUAAAAAGCAUCAACGAUCGCACCGAACGAACGACCGACAUCACCGAUAUCACUGACAUCAAUCGCAUCAAAAAUACCAUCAAUUUGCAUGAAACUGAAGAGAACAUCUUGCGAGAGGUGACCAAGGAAAAUGUUGUGAACGAUACGCUAGAUGUGGUUGAUCGGUCAGUCGAUAGACGGGAUGACAUCAUCACAACGACCAAACUAAUCAAAGACGGUCCACGUAAGCAACCGACAAGUGACGAGAAAAAGCCGAAACCGAAACCAACUGCCGCUGAAAAUGAACAAUGUAUUUGCGAAAUAUGCACUUGCGGACGGCAUCGUUGCACUCAUGGUACCACAACUGAUAGCACAUUCAUCGAUGAAAAGAGUACGAUUGAAACGACAACCGCUUAUCGCAAAGAUUUCAUUGAUAAUCAAGUAACGAGCUUUGAUAUGGUACGAACACCAAUGAAGAAACCUGUCGAUCAUCUCAAACCAGAAGGAGACAUCGAAUUCACCGACAAGAAGCCAUACAAGCCAGCUGAAAAAGUGGUUGCAACAAAACCACAAGAUACUCUGUAUUUAUCUGGUGAAUUCAAUGACAUCACUACAUCAAAAACGGAUUUCACUGGCGAACAAAUCGUUGAACGCGCUUCACCAAUACGUCGAAACACAUGGACUAAAUUGGAAGGUGAUUUGAUAACGACAACGACAUCACAAACGGAAUUCAUUGAUCACAAAGAUACAUUCGAACGAACGAACAUUACACAAAAGAAAACCGAUAAUCUAUUUUUGGACGGAGUUACCGAUUUCAAGACAACAAGCCAAACCGAUUUCAUUGAUCAGGAAAUUGUUUAUCAACGGCCACGUAAACGCACAUUUACCAAAGAUGAUUAUGAAAAAUUCCAUCAUCAAACUGACGACACCACAUUUGUACGGACUAGUGAAACGAUCUAUCAACCAGGCGAACGUCCGCAAGCUGUCAAACCACAAGAUAAUUUACGAACCAACGAAGGUGAUUUUGUGCGCCCCGAAAAGUCAAAGUAUGUUCCAGCCGAACGUCCACAACAAGUGCGUCCAGAAGACAAUCUUCGUCAAGACGGACCAUUCUACACUCCGGAGAAAACUGAAUUCAGACCCGCUGAACGGCCAAAAGCAGUUAAACCACAGGAUAAUUUGCGAACCGAUGAAGGCGAUUUUGUUCGUCCCGAAAAAACGAAAUUCAUUCCAGCCGAGCGUCCACAACAAGUUCGGCCAGAAGAUAAUUUGCGUCAAGAUGGACCAUUCUACACUCCGGAGAAGCCUGAAUUUAGACCUGCUGAUCGCCCGAAAGCUGUUAAACCUCAAGAUAAUUUACGAGCAGACGAGGGUGAUUUCGUACGACCCGAAAAACAACAAUUCGUUCCUGCUGAGCGUCCACAACAAGUGCGUCCGGAAGAUAAUUUGCGACAAGAUGGGCCAUUCUAUACUCCGGAUAAACAACAAUACAAGCCAGUUGAACGGCCAAAAGCUGUCAAACCCGAAGAUAAUUUGCGUCCAAAUGAGGGUGAAUUCCAACAACCCGAAAAACAAAAAUAUGUUCCAGCCGAAAAACCGAAACAAAUUAAACCAAAAGACAAUCUAACCACUGGUGUCGGUGAAUUUAUUGUGCAUGAAAAAACACAACCAAGAGGUCCAGCCGAAAAGCGAACACCAAUUAAACAUGAUGACAAUCUUAAACCAGGCCAAGGAAAAUUCGUUACCCCAGAGAAGCAAAAAUAUCAACCGGUCGAACGUCCCAAACAGGUUAAACCAACGGACAAUCUGAAAACGGGUCAAGGUGAAUUUGUAACUCGCGAGAAAACAAAGUAUAUUCCAGGCGAUCGUCCAAAACAAGUUAAGCCUACGGAUAAUCUGAAAACAGGCGAAGGUGAUUUUGUUGCACCAGAAAAGAAUAAGUACAUUCCAGCCGAUCGACCCAAGCAAGUUAAACCAACCGACAACCUUAAAACGGGCGAAGGUGAUUUUACCGUUCCGGAGAAAACACAUCCAAGAGGUCCAGCUGAAAAAAGAACACCGAUCAAACAUGAUGACAAUCUGAAAACGGGCGAAGGUAAAUUCAUAACGCCAGAAAAGCCAAAAUAUCAACCAGUUGAGCGUCCAAAACAAAUUAAGCCGCAAGAUAAUCUCAAGAGUAAUGAAGGGACUUUUGAAAAGCCACAAAAGCCUGGAUUCAAACCGGCCGAACGAGCCAAACCCGUUAAACCGGUGGACAAUUUGAAAACUGGUGAAGGUGAAUUCGAAGGACGCCGCAAAAUCGAUACCAUACAAACAACGAAAGUAGAUCGUGUUGUGGUCAAAAAACAUACCGAUCAAAUAACACUCAACGAAGGACGAAUGGAAACGGACACCACUAGUUCGACGACAUUUAAAAAGCAACCGGUUCAACGAAAUGUGGUCGAAGAUAUUGUUAAAAAGCAAAAAAUGCGCUCAAACAUUACACUUGGCGAUGAUACAACCAUUCUUCGUACGACCAAUCAAAUGAAUUACAAUACAAUAACAACGCACAAAGAUGAACGCGUUGAAAAGCAAACGGAUGUGACCGAUACAAAUCGUUUACGCGAUGGAACGAUUGCAAUAACAACGAUGAAGGUGACAACCAUUUUGGAGAAUGAAAAAGAUCAUACACCAAUCAAAGAGGUGAUCCGCAAGGCCGGUACAACGAAUGUUCGUGAAGAAGUUGUUCGCAAAACGACCGAUUCCGAUGUGAUCAAUCGUCAGAAUAUUGUGAAAGAACAACAUCAUGUGAAUGAAGUGAAUCAAAAUGUGGUCAACAAGCGAUAUGUUGUCAAUCAACGCGAUGUUAACAAUUUGCAAAGCAUCGAAUCACGUAAAAUAAUGAAUCAAUCGCAAAUUACUAUGGGUGAUACGGCCAGUACAACACAACGUACAACAACAAAUGAUACACGUGGACCUGGACCACAUCAACGGCCCGAUCAAUUGAAUGGCACACGAACAAAUCAACAUCAGCAUUACACAUCGAAUAUCAUUUCCAAUGAUAAAAAUGUGAUAACUGAGUCCAUCACAAAACAAACAUCGGAUACAAUCGAUCGCAGUGGUUCAACAGUUCAUACAAAAACAACAUCACGUGAUGACACCACUAAACAAUCACAUCAACCAACUGAUCAGUAUCCAUCUGGUUCAAACAAGAAUGUUAUCGUUGAACGUCAAGUGAUAUCACAAACAACGCCAGCAGGUCGUCAACAACAGCAUUACACCUAUGAAACGGUUGAGAAUACGAAAAAUGUUAUCGGUUCGGAUAGUACACAAUCAAAGCAUGUGACAAGCCAACAAUCAGAACGAACAACUCAACGCAGCAGCAGCAGCAGCAGCAAUACUCAACAGACGACAAGAAUGAAUCGUGGCGGUGAUACAAGCGAAAAUGUUUUAUUCGAAAAACAUACGAUUGUCACAUCAACACCAAAAGGUGUUCGUCAACAAAACUAUUCGUCGGACAUUUUAAAUAUGAACGAUAAACGAUCGGAUUCAAAAUCAAUGGCCUCAACAUCACAAUCCGAUAAGAUAAAUAAUCAAUUACAUUUGCGACAGCACGAUACCACUUCCACAAAUACAAUGUCUUCAUCAUCAAUGGCAACAACAUCAACAUCACGAUAUGGCAAAAGUAAUGUUCAUAAUUCAACAUCAAAUAUAUCGAGCAUUAUCCAUGAUGAUCAUCAUCAAUCGUCAACUGGAUGUCCCGUACAUCGAUCGAGCAUCACAUCAACUGAACGCCAACGACGCGAUUAUGUGUCAUCGUCACCAGAUCAAUCACAAACAAAUACCCAACAACAUCAUCGAAAAAAUGUUUUAACUUCUUCGACCGAUGUGAAUAAUUCUGUUUUCCAUCGAAAGGCUAAUCUUGCGUCCAAUUCAAAUGAAGCAUUGCAUUCGAAUAGCAUGAGCUCAACGGCGGCCAUUCAACGUAAGAGCAUUUCAAAUUUACACGAUCAAGCCAUUUACAAUACAUCAUCGGAUCGCAAGAGUUACAGUUCAAUGCAUCGUCAAGGUAAAGAGACCGUUUCCCAAAGCACCACCACCACCACCAAUUCAAAUGCUCAACAUGGCGGCACAGCAUCACAUUCAUAUAGUAGUAAACAUGUUGUAAGCGGCGGCGGCGGCGGCACCAAUACGGGCAAUAAUCAAUUGCGUCAAUCGGGUACCGAACGCACACAAAAAAUUGUGACAAAAGAUAAUUUAUCAUCGUCGUUGGGCGGUGAAUUUUAUGGUAAAUCCGAAUCAAAAGCAUAUGGUAGCUUUACCACGGGACAUCAACAUCAUGUACUCGAUCGUGCCGUAAGUCGUCGUUCGAAUCAAUCAAGCAUUAGCUUUGGUGAUGGUCCCAGUCACGGUUCAAGCGUUUAUCGUCGCGAAUAUGCGGUCGUACAUUCAGGACCAUGUCCAGCUGCUCACAUCGAAAAAUCCACAUUCACCCACACCCGUGACACAAAAUCGCAUAAAUUCUUCAAGACAAAUCGAGAAUAAUUCAACCAUAAUACACACAUACGACCGCAAACUUUUCGAAUUACUACUACAUAAAGAAUUGUGAUCAUUGGCAUUUCAACACCAAUCGAAAUUUUCGAUAUUUAUCAAAAGGAGAGUGAAAAAGAAAAGCAAUUUAUCUCGACAAACUUUUUAUUUUAUUCCUUUUUUCUUUUAAUUUUCUAUUUCUAUUCUAUGUUAUCAAUCUAUUCAGUUUAUUUCACUUAUUUCUAAUUUCACUGAAUGUGAACAACAAAAAAAAUCAAUUAAAUUUUUACUCAAAACAUUUAUAUUUUCUUUUUGUAUGAAAAUCAAUUCAAUAUUACCGCAAUCAAUUGAUUUUUAUUAUUAUUAUUAUUAGUAUUAUUAUUAUCGCAUAUUGUCAAAUGAACUACUAACACAGGGUGCUAUACAAAUUUAAAUGGCCAAUUGUUAUUUUUUCCAUUUCUAUUUGAGAAAAUACUAUUUACAGAUUGUAUUUGUCUCUAUGUCAAUUGUUAACAGCAUCGAAUGCUUAAAAAAAUUCAAUAAAAAAUAAACUCAUGUGCCUUUCUUUGUAUACUUGUCAG